GCAGUGACUGUAAAUAAUAGAUAUAACACUUCCUACUUAUUAAAAUAUGUAUACUUUGAUCCAAUGUUAGCAGUUUUGGAAUUACAAGAAAUAAAGGGUAUCUGAAUUUCACUAAGAAAUCUCUCAGAUUGAUCAACAUAUAAUGUAAAAAUCAAGCGGAUGUUUGAUAAUCCAUAUAUUAAGAAAAUGGGAACUAAAGAAGGUAUUAACCUGAUUUUUCCAUUUUAGACAAGAGCAUACAUUUCAUUAAGAUUUCUUAAACAUUGACCGAUAAAUGCGGUAUGAAAUCAACCGGAAGUGCAAAGAUAUUUAAAUUAGUUAAAUGAAGGAUAAUAGAAGUCUUGACCCGAUUUUACCCAUUCUUGGCAAGCUGUCAUCACAAAAAUAUUUUCCCCAAAUUUCAAUACUAGACCUCACAGAUUGACCGAAAUGUUCGGGGAAAAAUCAGGUACAGGAUUAAAGGGAUGUCCAACUUAUUCCAGUGUGAGAGCGCCUCAAAAUUAGCGUUUUUUUAACAUUUUCCAUUAUGAUUAUAUCGGACAAAAUAAUUGCUUUGAGCAUUUAAAUAAAAAUCGCCAACAUUUAUUAUGAUAAAAAAUUACUAAAUAGAGAUCGUUUAAUAUAUAGUAUGAAGAAACUAUUUAAACCACUUUCAGCGGUCAAAGUUCAGGAAGUUUUGACGUUAAGCAAUUGCUCUCUCACUUCCAAUCAGAAAUGAGUUGGACAUCUCUUUAUCUCUGUCAGCUAUAUGCACUGGAAUACACAUACUGCCUUUCGUGUCUAGGUCAUUGAAAAGUUAUAGCCCGAUUUUAACAAUUUUUGGAAGUAUGUAAGAUGAAAUGUCUUAAGGGAACUUUGUUCAAUUUGUACAUUUGCUCCUAUAAAGCAACAUAGUCUCUUAAAAAGCAAAGUUAUUCAGAAUGGUCCGUACAGCAUUUCCGACAUACGCGGUUUUUCAGUUUUUUGGCUCCCUUUAAUUCAUCCCGCUCUAAUGUACAUAGCUCAAAAUACUAAACACAUAGGAUAAGUGUAUAAUUUUUUGAUACAAGUAAAAAUAAAUAUAUAUACUAAUGCUCGUACUAGGCGUUUCAACUUAAAAUCUAUCUAUUAAAAUUAUUCUCUACGCCAAACAUACAUAUACUCGUACACAUGAAGAUACAUAUCCCUCCAUUAUACCCGUCUACAUUGCUACAAAAUUCACUACUCAAAGCGGCUCGGAACUGCUGGCAAAUUUUUUUAGUCACCCUAAAAGAAUUUUAGUCAAUGAAAUGGAGACGUCAAAAGCACUUCACAAUUUACUGAAUCGUACAGUCGUGCGGAGCAAUUCAAUUUAUGGACGUUAUUUGAUAGCGAAAAGUGAUACAAAAGCAAAUGAAUUGUUAGUGGAAGAGUUACCUUUGGUACAUGGCCCAAAAUGUAAUGGACCGACAGUGUGUCUGGAGUGCUAUGCUCCAGUGAAUUUAGAAGGCUGUAUAGCGGAUCAAUAUUGUUCGAAAUGCAGUUGGCCGUUGUGCUCCAAUUGCUCUGAUAGAGGUGCGUUUUACCAUUACGGUUGGGAGUGUUCAGUAUUUUCUCAGGCAAAAGCGAAAUUUUAUCCCGUGCAAAGCGAUGCAAAGGGGUGUCCACAAUUGGAUUGUAUAACAGUGUUAAGGGUUCUUCUUGUCAAGGAAUCUGAUCCAGAUCGAUGGGAGCGUGAAAUCGCACCAAUGGAGUACCACAACGAGGAACGCCGAAAAAUUGUUGAUGUUUGGAAUGCAGAUUUUGUAAAUAUCGCACAGUACCUUCGAGGACCAUGCCGUUUGGCCGAACGAUUUUCUGAAGAUCUUAUUAUGCAAACAGUGGGUAUUUUGGAAGUUAAUGCAUUUGAAGCGCGAACAACACUGGGAUAUGCACUGCGUUGUUUAUACCCAAUCACUGGAAUAUUAGCGCAUAAUUGUGUACCAAAUACAUUUCGUACAAUACAUCCAAGUGAAGGCUUCAAGAUCCGCCUAAGGGCCAUGUGCAAUUUAAACGAGGGCCAACAGUUGCAGCACUCUUAUACAUACACUUUGAAUGGCACUUCCCAACGACAGGAACAUUUAAAGAAUGGUAAAUUCUUCACUUGCGAAUGCAAACGUUGCAAAGACCCCACCGAGUUGGGUACAAAUUUUAGCACGUUCAAGUGUAGUAAAUGCGAAGAAGGGUGGUUGCUGUCAACUAAUCCAAUAGAUCCUUCCUGCUACUGGAAAUGCACGCUUUGCACCUUUCAAACAUCUAAUAAUGCUAUACAGAAAGCACUAUCUGUAAUGCAAUCCGAAGUUGCCACAUUACAAGCAAUGGAUCCCAGUCCUCAGAAAUUACAAGAAACAGAAAAGCUAAUGAGAAAAUAUCGUGUAGUUGUACACCCUCUACACUUCAUACAAAUAGGAUUGCGUCAAAAUCUUAUCGAAAUGUAUGGUCGUGUUGCAGAAUAUGAAUUAUCUGAAUUGCCCGAUGUUAUGCUUGAACACAAAGAAGAGCUAUGUCGACAAGUAUUACAUGUUUUAAAUGUCUUUGAACCGGGGUUGAGUCGAACACGUGCUAUGAUGCUAUACGAGUUGCAUGUACCAUUAGUAUUAUUGGCCAAGAGUGGUUUCAUAAGCGGCGUCCUAACAGCGGAUGCAUUAAAGCUUAAACUUCUUGACGUUAUUGCUAUUCUAAAUGAUUGUGUGGACAUACUACAAUACGAAGAUCCAGAGACACAAGAGGGAAAUUUAUAUAAAGUAGCACAGCAAGCGAAGAAUCAGCUGACACAAAGUGUGGAAGGUUUAACAGUCGCUGAAUGACAUUGUUGCCACAUAUUUUACUUAAAUAAAGUAUCCCAUGUAUAUAAUAUAAAAAGGGUUACAUUAAUAAUAAAUCAAAGUUCUAUUUAUGUAUGUAAAAAUUAA